AUGGGCCUCAGGGAAGUCUCGCUCAACAUCCAGAGACCGUCGCCUGGCAAGCGCCGGACACUGAGCCGCAAGCCGUCUUUGGCGAGACCCGCGUUCAAUCCGGAUGAUUACAUUGACCACAUCGAAAAUGAACUACAGACGGUUAAAGACGCCAUGGUCUCCCCCACCUCCCAUCUGCCAUGGAAGGACAAGUUAAAGAAGGCUAAAGAAGAGAUUCAGCGACUUAAGAAGGAGCUCGAGUCUACCAAAGCUGCUUUCGAGUACGAACUGCACCAAGCCGUCGAACAGUCUACCGAAACAGAGCUCAAGCUUAAGCGGAAGAUUAAGGAUCUGGAGGACGACGUCGAACUCAAGCAAUCCGUUAUCCAUGAUCUCGAAUAUGAUUGUCAAGAGAAGAGGUUGGAUCAAACCGCUCUGGACUCCCUGAAAGCCAGGAUCGAAAAGUUGGAAGAUGAAAAGCUCAGUCUCGAAGCCACCAACCGCGACAUGACCAAGCGCAACGAGGUUUUGACCCAGCUCCUCGCAUUGUCACCGACAAAAAUUCAGCCCGCUAUUGAGCUUGCCACUCCCAGAAGACGAAGCGCCCGUCCUAUGUCGUUGAUCAUCCCAAGAGUUCCUUCGUCUCCAGGGAUACGCACAUGUCAACCACAGAGCCGACCACAGUCCAUACUGGUUUCCCCUGCGAUCGCCACCUCUGACUACUUUGGAGCACAGAUUCCUUCAUCGCCGUUGGCUUUAAGUCCAGGAGAUCUCGACGAUGCACAAUCAAUUGACUCGGGGCUCGGCGAGUCCUGUCAACCCAUGGCUAGUGGCACUGGUUCAAGGCGAUCAACUUUGGCCUCGCAUGCGUCAACUAGUCCAAGCAUGGAUGCUGGGGUUCAUACUCGGGCUGAAAGCAGGUCACAAACCAUCCUACAACAUCCGUCGAAGCGAAGACCUCGAAAGUUCAUGCCUGGAUCGACGCAACUCAAGCCUCUGCUCCUACCGACCUUUACCGCUGACAGUGGCAACCUCCCUGCGACUUCGCCCUUUGCAUCACCAAACCACCCUGUACCUCUUCACUCCAACUCUCAGAAAAAUGCAUAUCGUGUGACACGGAUUGAGCAGCCGGCUUUGGAUGGAUAUGACGGGGCAACCUGUUCGAGUCCCGAUCCGAUCAUUGGUCGGCCUGGCCCUGCUUUCCAGAGCUUGGACGAGGUCUUUGCCGAAGACGCAAACAAGUUCCCGCUGGGUGAACUGGAAGAGACUUUGACCAAGCUUUCCUUCUCCAAUCAAUCAGCACAAUACGAAAGUCCGACACGGAAUACCGACCUUUUGCCAAUUAAACAUGACCCAAGCCCUAUUGGGCCUCAUUCACAUCCUGGAAUUGAUUCCUGGGUGUGGAAGACUAUCUCUUCUUAUUCGGGCAUCGCGGAAGGCGACUCAAAGAUUGACGCACCGGGCUCGCUUGAGCUUAGCGAAAAUGUUGAAGUUCCACGGCCAUUGUUCUCGCGGCAUCGGACUGGUGUGCAUGGAUGCUCGUCAUAUAAUGCAUUCCCUGACUCUCCAUUACCUCCUCGACAGCGACGGAAGACUAGCUCGAGUCUCGAAGCCUACCAGGCAAACACCAACUGUACAAAUGAUAUGUACACGAAUGGCGACCGUCGCACCAUCGAUUGCCAGGACUUAGAAACGGCAACCUCUAGCUCGAAAGUGAAUACCAGCAAUCCGCUCAAUAGGCACUCCGUCCAUCGCGACAGACAGGGCACGGCACGCGCACGCAAUCCGCUUGAGAUACUACAGCAUCGCGGAGUAGGGACAAGACCCUUGGCGGCUUUGACUAUCCAGACGGUUUAUGCGACUGUGUCACGGUACACCUCCUACGUUCAAGGCUUCAAGCGAGACCCUCUGGCUCUGGCACGACGUGUCAUAGCCAAUGCCUGGCGCUCAAACUGGCCGGUGUUUGGGAAAUUGAGCUGGUGGGUGCUGGGAUUGUUCAUUGGUCACCGGAGGCCGCCAUCGGGCUAUUUGGAUUGGAAUUGGGAAAGAUAUGAUGGAGAAAGCAUCGCGCAUCAGCAUUGCUAUUCCCACGUCAACGAUCCUCCGGCGAGCGAACUCCGCACAAGAGCCACACAGGAUGCCCUUCCACCAAUGACUGGGGCCAGCGGUGAGUCAGGAAGCCGGCCUGACGAAUCAUCUCCUUCGGCCUCUGCAGCUGCCAAAGAACCAAAAGACGGUUGGGGUCGCUCGCUGUUCCUCUGGGGCAAAUUCAGCGUAGCGAUCAUGCUCGCAGUGGGAGGUGCUCUCGUCAAGGGACCAGCAGAGAUGUUGCGCGAGGCCGAUGAAAGAAGACGUUCCCGACGAAACAGUCUUGCUACAGAGUCAGAUGUUAGUGACGGCCGGCGACAUUACAAGCUCAACGAUGGGGACAACAAGGUUGUCCGCAUUCAGCCGUUGCCAGAGAAGCCGCCAGACGGGAAGCGCAAGGCUCGAAGCUUCAGUUCUCCGCCAACAUCGCCAGAGACCCAUCAUCGAACACAUUAUGUCACCAGUCCGCAUGCGUCUGACGAGCAUGCCGUCCUGACACGAGCACACCAAGAAACUUGCGGACCGACUUUGCCGGCCGAACCAUCGGACUCGGAUGACAACACGUUGAAGCCAGCUAGAAGCGAGCGCAAAGCAGUGGGCUCACUUUUCCAUCCGCUUGACGAUAUCGAGACCGGAGCUGACAGUAGUCUGGCCCAGCUGUCCAUGCUGACUCUCAGAGCUGCAGCGUGUUGUGAUCGGAUAGCUCAGAGCACGUCAGGUUCCACUUGGAGUACAACAACUGCGGUACCUAGUGGUCGCCCCCCCGAGUCGGUAGAGUGA